AUGGAUCUCUCAUCAACAACCCUCGCCAAACUAGCAGCCCUCACAACAUAUGUCGCCAUGACCGCCUGGAAACGACUACACGGUCAAGGAAACCCCAAGGUGGACACCGCCUCACAGUCAUCGCUCACAAGCCAGGCGAUGACAUACGAAAGGCUCAGGGGCGCUGGCAACAGCAUCAAAGAUCAGAAACGAUUAGAGUUGAGGGAUAGAUGCAAGAGUGACCCGUUACUCUGCGCAGCAAUUUUGAAAAAACUGGCUGGGAGGAAACCACAAAGAAAAGGUCUCUGCGUUAUUGCUACGCACCUGAGGCCCAACAAAAAAAAAGAAUGGUUACUUCCAGGUGGAGAUGCACAAGCUUCUAACAACGAACCGGGAUCAUCCACCAUCGAUCUUGACGAUGAUUUCGCAGAGAACGAUAAAGAGACUCUCGAGGCAGACGCAGAUGACCAAUUCCAGACACAGAUCGAGCAGAAUGAGGAAGUAAACACGUUCCCAGAUGAGCUUCCCGACGAUGUCGUAGCCCAGCUCCCUCAUGUCGAUUAUGCCGCAGCUGCACGAGGGCUAUGUCCCUAG